GCCUCAGUUGCGCAAUCUGAAGGCGCUGCGCAUUCACACGCGCACGCGCAGUGCUGUCAGGACUUCUCCACGGGAGCACAGAAACCUCCAUCGCGGGUCCAAAUCAUCGCUCCAUCUUCUGAUGUCGCGGUGAAGCACUGGGAUCCAUUCGGAACCGCGAUCCAGUUCUGCGUGGAUCCGAGAAGACGCUGCCCGCCGCGCGCGCACAAGCGCGCAUCUCUUUGCGGAAGCCGAGGCGGCGCUCCGGACAUUAGCAUACUAACGAGUGUCGGCGCGCGGACGGCUGAGCGCGGCUGCCCGCACACACGCCGCCUCUCCCAGUAAACAACCACCGGCCCCGGCCUCCGUCUGUCAGCAUCGAGUGUCCGUCCGCCUGCCGAGGAGAUGGGGGACAAGGCGGGCACCAGAGUCUUCAAGAAGUCCAGCCCCAACUGCAAGCUCACAGUUUACUUGGGAAAGAGGGACUUUGUGGACCACCUAGACCACGUGGAUCCAGUGGACGGCGUGAUCCUCGUGGACCCAGAGUACCUGAAGGACAGGAAAGUCUUCGUCACUCUGACCUGUGCGUUCCGAUAUGGCCGCGAGGAUCUGGACGUGCUGGGUCUGUCCUUUCGGAAGGAUCUGUACAUCUCCACCUUCCAGGCGUUCCCCCCGGUGCCUGAGGAGCGCAAACCCAACAGCCGUCUGCAGGACAGGCUGCUGAAGAAGCUGGGCCAGCAUGCACACCCCUUCUACUUCACAAUCCCCCAGAACCUCCCAUGUUCUGUCACUCUGCAGCCCGGACCUGAGGACACCGGGAAGGCCUGUGGCGUGGACUUUGAGAUCAGAGCAUUCUGUGCCAAAUCCAUAGAAGAGAAGAUCCACAAGAGGAACUCGGUGCGUUUGGUGAUCAGGAAGGUCCAGUACGCUCCGGAGAAGCCCGGCCCACAGCCCAUGGUGGAGACGACCCGCAGUUUCCUGAUGUCGGACAGAUCCCUGCACCUGGAGGCCUCGCUGGACAAAGAGCUGUACUACCAUGGAGAGCCCAUCAGCGUCAAUGUUCACGUCACCAACAACUCCACCAAGACCGUCAAGAGAGUGAAGAUUUCAGUGCGUCAGUACGCAGACAUCUGUCUGUUCAGCACCGCUCAGUACAAAUGUCCCGUGGCCCAGCUAGAGGCUGACGACCAGGUGUCGUCGAGCUCCACCUUCUGUAAGGUGUACACUCUGACCCCUACGCUCGACAAAAACCGGGAGAAGAGGGGCCUGGCUCUGGAUGGCAAGCUCAAGCACGAAGACACCAACCUGGCCUCAUCCACCAUUGUGAAGGACGUCACCAACAAGGAGGUGCUGGGCAUCCUGGUGUCCUACAGGGUCAAGGUCAAGCUGGUGGUUUCACGCGGAGGCGAUGUGUCGGUGGAGCUACCCUUCAUCCUCAUGCACCCCAAACCUGUGGAGCCCCCGUUGUCCCGCCCUCAGUCUGCGGUGCCAGAGAUGGACCCCCCCAUCGACACCAACUUGAUAGAGUUCGAAACAAACGUCUCCCAGGACGACGACUUCGUCUUUGAAGACUUUGCCCGCCUCCGGCUCAAAGGCGCCGUGGACGACAAGGACGAGGACUGCUAGGAGCCCGCCCCCGCCACACUCGCUUUUCCAGACACACAUAUGCACAAACCCACACACACAUGCACACACACACACACCCCCUGAGGUUCAGCGUUACAUUCCCGAUGGAGGAUGGGUCCCGGCUCAGCGGCGCUCGUCCUGUCCGUGUCAUCGCGCCGUCUUUGUUUGUCUUUUUAGUUUAAGCGCGAGAAUUAAAAAAAGUUCACAGCUGCAGGUGUGUUUGUGGGCGGGGCUUUCAGGUCCAGAGUCAGAGCCAGCGCUGCAUCUAUUUUCUAUCAAGCUGCUACAGAUUCUGGUCCACUUCCUUUCCCGCAGUUCUGACAGAAAGCAGCUUUCUCUCGCUUCCUGUCACCCAUCCUCCCUGACACGCACCCCAAGAACCACCCGGAUCUUUUGACCCGAAGCCCUGAUCCGAGGGCGACUUUAUCCCGAUCAGAGCCUUUUGAGUGUGACUGUGACUGACUUUGAUGCCACUGAACCAUUCUGAAUCAGAAACAUUUCUGGAUUUUAAGAGUUUGGUUCUGAUGGGUUGAACCAGAACUAAUCUGUGAUUGAUGUUGGCCCAGAAUCGGCUGGUGCCGUCUAAGCAAAUUCGUAUUCAUUUUUAUGGGAGUGGAAUUUGAUUCAGACCCUUGACCCUGUUUUGACCCAGAACCCCGUCUUUAAUCUUUUCAUUGACAUAAAGACCGUUGAGGUCUGAAGCCGAGCGGAACAACCCCAGACCCAACCUGAGUUGUGAGAUGCCAAUGUCUGGUUCAACUGUUUUCUACUGGUUCUGUAAAUCGUUCUGUUCUGGUCGAAUUUGUUUGGAUUCUCUGAACUGUUUGUGUUAUUUUGGACCUGCUGGUUUCUUAACAAAAAGAUUGAAAAUGCAUUUUGAUUAGUGAAGACAAAAAAGAACUGGUAGAAAGUUCUGUUCCACAGAGCCAGAACCUCUGACUUUAUUGGAGGAACUUUGUGAAAGAGCUUGAAGUUCCUUUGACCCAAAUGAAGUUCAUUGGUUUGUUCUGUUCGCUCAUUCAGAACAGAACCACAGCUUGGACUCAUAGUGGUGGUUCUUUCCCAGCUCCUGAAUGUCUCUCUGAAAACCUUUCCUCAAAGUUUUCCAGAACCAACAUAAGUCCAAACUGUGUUCCGGUCUGCUGUGGUAUCACAGAACCGAGGGCUGUCGGACUCUGGACGAAGCUCUGAUGUUUCUGACGACCCGUUGGGGUGGUGUUGGUUCUGCUAAAGCAGCACUGGGCUCUGCUUGGUGGAGCCUGGCCUGCAGGGGGCGCCGUGCAGUUGCUGAAAAUGAUUUUUACAUUGAAGAUUUUUGAAUCACAAACUGCCAGCAGCCCCGCCCCUCUCGGGCCCCGCCCCCUGCAUUGAGGGGCAUGUUCAGUCGGUGCUGUGCUCGUGUCCUCGUGCUCGUGCGUCUGUGGGUGUGACAUAUUUGGACGAGUGCCAUGCUAACAGUGAUCUCUGCUGCUGGACCCCCAGCAAACACUGAUGGUGAUUAUUAUGCUUCUGAUUAUUAUGUGACUAUUAUUAUUCUACUGUAUCAUCACUGCGACCACAUUAUCCUCAUAAUCAGUUCAGAGUCUGUUUGCCAUCUAUUUUUUAUGUUGAGAUUUUUAUUUUAGUUCUCUUUUUAUUAUUAAAGUUCAAAUGAAUCCAGA